UUUGAUUUAUUAUAUUUUUCUUUUGGACUAUUUUUGAAGCUUGGAUUUUAUAAUUAAAAGUUAAAAAUUAGAAAGAAAAAAAGUUUUCAUCCUGGUUGAACAUCAUCAUCGUCAUCUUGCUUCCAAUGUUUUGUAGAGUCCUUGGCAAAAAUCUCAACCACAUUCCACAUGAUUUUAGCAUUCCCAUCAAAACCCACCAACAUGAUCUCUAUCUCAAAAAUUCGAAAUUUUCAAUAACCCUCAUCACUCUACAUGUCUUAUAUCUAUCUUUACUACUCACUCCACACACAAUCACAUCAACCAUAUUCGUUCCUUCUUCUACACAAUCUCACAUCCCAUUAUUUUCUUUCUUCAAAUGAUUCACUACCUUCUUCCAUAUGGUUUCACUCUUAUAUGAAGAAAUGGUGCUGUUGAAUUGGCCUUGAAGGUGUUCGAUGAAAUGCCUAGUAGGUAGGGAUACUUUUACUUGGACGGCUGCAAGAAAGAUUUUAACUUUUAAUCGGUAAAAUCCAAACUUACACAUAGACUGCUUAGAAAAAGGUUCUCACUUUUGAAAUUGGAAAUAAAGUUAAGAGGCCAAAAUGAAUAUUUUAAAAAAUGGGCAGCUUAAAUAUCAGGAUUGUGAAAAUUGAGGACCAAAAAUGCAUUUUAACCAAUAAUUAAUGUCAACCAUAGAAAAAAUAACCGAGUCUAUAUCAAAAAAAAGUAUUAAAAACAUUUUUUUCUGUAAUUGACAUGCUAAAAUCAAACAACUUUUUUUUUGGGCAAUAAAAUCAAACAACUUUUACAUAGACUGAAAGUGAAAACUUAGAUACAAAGUAUCCUUAGAGUAAUCUUUAGUCUUUACAUAUACUUUUUUUUAAUACACUAGGAACAUCCAUUCAUUGACAUUUUGAGUACAUGAAUGAAUUAAUGACAUGUCAACUCUUAUUGUAGCCAACAGUUACUAUGUUCCCUCCACAUUCUUUUUCAAACAGUCAAACGUAUCCAAUCAUGCAUGUCUGUUCUGAUCACAUAUAAGAGCAGAAAUGUGUGCAUAAAAAAUUGAUAGUUGAAUUAGACUCAUUUUCCAUAUAAAAAAAUAUCAACAGUGUCUAUUGAAUAGAAAAGCUAGGAAGUGUGACAUUAUUUUCAAGAAAUGAAUUUUGUACUACAUAUUAAUCAUUCGUUGCUGAUUUGAGUUAAUUUCUUUUUCUGCUUCUUGCUUUCCUUCGGCAGCCAUUUUGUGAUUUUUUCUCUUUCCCUUAUUGAUUCAAUGAAACUCAAAAAUGGGUUACUGCUGUUCUUUAUGUUUCUGGAUUGUAUUUUUUUCAAAGUGGAAUCCAAGUGUGUAAUAGGGUGUGAUAUAGCUUUAGCUUCCUACUAUGUAAUGCCUUUAGUUCAACUCUCCAAUAUAACAACCUUUAUGCAAUCAAAGCUUGUUACCAAUUCUUUUGAGGUUAUAGUAAGGUACAACAGAGACAUUGUGUUCAGUAAUGAUAAUCUUUUUUCCUAUUUUAGAGUCAACAUUCCAUUCCCAUGUGAAUGUAUUGGAGGUGAAUUUCUUGGGCAUGUGUUUGAAUACACUGCAAAUGAAGGCGAUACUUAUGAUUUAAUUGCAAAUACCUAUUAUGCAAGCUUAACAACUGUUGAGGUUUUGAAAAAGUACAACAGCUAUGAUCCAAAUCAUAUACCUGUCAAAGCUAAGGUUAAUGUCACUGUUAAUUGUUCUUGUGGGAACAGCCAGAUUUCAAAAGACUAUGGGCUAUUUAUCACCUAUCCACUUAGGCCUAGGGAUACUCUUGAGAAGAUUGCAAGACAUUCUAAUCUUGAUGAAGGAGUAAUACAAAGUUACAAUUUGGGUGUCAAUUUCAGCAAAGGCAGCGGGGUAGUGUUCUUUCCCGGAAGAGAUAAAAAUGGAGAAUAUGUUCCUUUAUAUCCUAGAACAGCAGGUCUUGGUAAGGGUGCAGCUGCUGGUAUAUCUAUAGCUGGAAUAUUUGCGCUUCUGUUAUUUGUUAUCUGCAUAUAUAUCAAAUACUUCCAAAAGAAGGAAGAAGAGAAAACUAAACUGCCACAAGUUUCUACGGCGCUUUCAGCUCAAGAUGGUAAUGCCUCGGGUAGUGGAGAGUACGAAACUUCGGGAUCCAGUGGGCAUGGUACCGGUAGUACUGCUGGCCUUACAGGAAUUAUGGUGGCAAAGUCAACUGAGUUUUCAUAUCAAGAACUAGCCAAGGCUACAAAUAACUUCAGCUUAGAUAAUAAAAUUGGUCAAGGUGGAUUUGGAGCUGUCUAUUAUGCAGUACUCAGAGGCGAGAAAACAGCAAUUAAGAAGAUGGAUGUACAAGCGUCAACAGAAUUCCUUUGCGAGUUGCAAGUCUUAACACAUGUUCAUCACUUGAAUCUGGUGAGGUUGAUUGGAUAUUGUGUUGAGGGAUCACUUUUCCUUGUAUAUGAACAUAUUGACAAUGGAAACUUGGGUCAAUAUUUGCACGGUAUAGAUAAAGCGCCAUUACCAUGGUCAAGUAGGGUGCAAAUUGCUCUAGAUUCCGCAAGAGGCCUUGAAUACAUUCAUGAACACACUGUACCUGUGUAUAUCCAUCGUGAUGUAAAAUCAGCGAAUAUAUUAAUAGACAAAAACUUGCACGGAAAGGUUGCAGAUUUUGGCUUGACCAAACUUAUUGAAGUUGGAAACUCCACACUUCACACUCGUCUAGUGGGAACAUUUGGAUACAUGCCACCAGAAUAUGCUCAAUAUGGCGAUGUUUCUCCAAAAAUAGAUGUAUAUGCUUUUGGAGUUGUUCUUUAUGAGCUUAUUUCUGCAAAGAAUGCUAUUCUGAAGACAGGUGAAUCUGCUGUCGAAUCAAAGGGUCUUGUAGCAUUGUUUGAAGAAGCACUUAAUCAGAUCGAUCCUUUAGAAGCUCUUCGCAAAUUGGUGGAUCCUAGGCUUAAAGAAAACUAUCCAAUUGAUUCUGUUUUAAAGAUGGCUCAACUUGGGAGAGCAUGUACAAGAGACAAUCCACUACUACGCCCAAGUAUGAGAUCUUUAGUCGUUGCUCUUAUGACACUCUUAUCACAUACUGAUGAUGAUGACACUUUCUAUGAAAAUCAAUCUCUCACAAAUCUAUUAUCAGUGAGAUGAAGGCUUUGUGUGCCAAAUUGAAUGAUGUUUGUGAAAACUUUUAGAAGCAUACAGCAAAAUGUUUGUACUCUGAACAUAAUAUUGAGGUUAGGAAGUUUUGAUCUUGUGUUCAAAUUUUAUUUCCCAAAAUAGUCAAAAAGUCCUAGAUCCAAAGAAGACAUCCUGUAAUUAUUUUUAGUGACGCUGUAACACUAAAGUACAGUUUAUAUAUAACAUUUUAAAAAGGAA